GCGGCGGCCGGAGCCGGUUCCGGCGUGGCUGCAGAGCGCCGUCCUCUCUCCCCGGGUCGUGGUGUCCGCCGCUGUCGCUUUGGGGAGCCCGACGCGGCCGCACGCACGUGACCAUGUGGCGACUGCUGGCUCGCGCCCGUGCGCCUCUCCUGCGGGCACGUUUGUCAGAUUCUCUGGCAGCGCCCCCCGCCAGUGCUGGCCUAAAGACCCUGCUCCCGGUGCCAACUUUUGAAGGUGUUUCCAUUCCUGAAAAGCCCAAGCUUAGAUUUGUUGAAAGGGUACCACUUGUGCCAAAAGUGAGAAGAGAGCCUAAAAACCUGAGUGACAUACGCGGACCUUCUACUGAAGCCACUGAGUUCACAGAAGGCAGUUUUGCGAUCUUGGCACUGGGUGGCGGUUACCUGCACUGGGGGCAUUUUGAAAUGAUGCGCCUGACAAUCAACCGCAAUAUGGACCCCAAGAACAUGUUUGCCUUAUGGCGAGUACCAGCCCCUUUCAAGCCCAUCACCCGCAAGGGAAUGGGACAGCGCAUGGGGGGCGGCAAAGGUGCCAUCGACCACUAUGUGACUCCUGUGAAGGCUGGCCGCCUCAUAGUAGAGAUGGGCGGCCGUUGCGAAUUCCAGGAGGUGCGAGGUUUCCUCGACCAGGUCGCCCACAAGUUGCCCUUCCCAGCGAAGGCCGUGAGCCGUGAGACUCUAGAGAAGAUGCGGAAAGAUCAAGAAGAACGAGAACGAAACAACCAAAACCCCUGGACCUUUGAGCGCAUCGCCACUGCCAACAUGCUGGGGAUACGGAAAGUGCUGAGCCCCUACGACCUGACCCAUAAGGGGCGAUACUGGGGCAAGUUCUACAUGCCUGAGCGAGUGUAGUGACAGUGUGGGCAGGAAGCGGACACAGGCUGUUCAGAGAGAGAAUCUGCAUCUCUGUUCCCCUCAGCCAGUCCUUCCAGUCUGAGUAGCUCUGAUGUCCUAACCAAGGAGCAGCAUGUGAGUAGAGGUUCUCUGAAAAACUACAUUAUCUUUCAGGGUUUUUUAAGUGCAUUAUAUUUAUAUUAAA